AUGGAAGAAGGGUCUACAUUCGAAAUCAAGCAUCACAUGUUGAGUAUCCUACCUACAUUUCAUGGGUUAUCAACUGAUGAUCCUAACAUGCACAUUGCAGAAUUUUUAAUGGGAUGCAAGAAUAUUUUGGUGAAAGGAUUCUCAGCUGAAUCUAUUAAGCUUCGUCUAUUUCCUUACACAUUGAAAGAUCAAGCAAGGAGAUGGCUCCUCACACUUCCAUCUGGAAGCAUUAGCACUUGGAACCAACUCAGUUCAAAAUUAUUAAACAAGUAUUAUCCAGCUUCAAAGACUCUCGACAUGAGAACUCAAAUUUUAUCUUUUUCCCAAAAACCAAAUGAAGAGUUUCAUGAGGCGUGGGAACGGUUUAAAUAUGACAACAAAAACUCUUGUCAACGCUUCAAGCGGAGGAUCAUACAAGGAUAA